AUGACAGAAGCCUGGGAUGUGGCUGUAUUUGCUGCCCGCCGGCGCAAUGAAGAUGAUGAUACCACCAGAGACAGCUUGUUUACUUACACCAACAGCAACAAUACUCGGGGUGAGCCCAGCAGCAGGGCAGCAGAAAUGGGGGGGGGGGUUGGAAGCCUAAAAUUGGGGAUUAGAUAUGGAGGUGCACUGGCAUUUAGUUGAACCUUGAUAUAGCAAGUGAUGCAGCAAGGGGGAUGGUUAGUUGGUUACAAGCCUGUCUAGGGGACAAGUGUUCGAAAAGUGGAAUUUGCCCAAGUUUUUUUGGGAAAGGUUCUGAAAAGUUUUUGGGACUAGACAAGGAAGGGUUCUCAGCUGGUCCAGGUGGAGGUCUCUGUGUGCAACUAGAGAGAGGUGUAACCUUAUCCACUUUCCUGGUGUAUGACUUGUGAAGGGGAAGGACCCUGUACGGUCUGCAAGGGAAGGGACACUAAGAAAAUAUGGGAAGAUGCCUUCCCAAGUCUUGGUACAGUAGAUUCCUGAUGGAUUAUCUUGUGAGGCAGGCUGGGAUCCCUCCAACUCCUAACCUUUUCCCUCCUUCGCAGACCCUUUUGAAGGUCCAAACUAUCACAUUGCACCACGAUGGGUCUAUAACAUCACUUCUCUCUGGAUGAUCUUUGUGGUCGUUGCCUCAGUCUUCACUAAUGGUUUGGUAUUGGUGGCCACUGCCAAAUUCAAGAAGCUACGGCAUCCACUCAACUGGAUUUUGGUGAACUUGGCAAUAGCUGAUCUGGGUGAGACAGUUAUUGCCAGCACCAUCAGCGUCAUCAACCAGAUCUUUGGCUAUUUCAUUCUUGGUCAUCCCAUGUGUGUGUUGGAAGGAUACACCGUGUCUGCUUGUGGUAAGAGGCCAAGGGAUUUCUUAUUUACAAUAAUUUCUGCUUAAUGCUCUGCCAUCCUAUUCCUUCCCCCAUGUUAUCCCUCCUGGCUCAUAUAUUUACCCCCAUUUAAUCACAAGCCAGAGUCCUGUUGUCUUCCAAGAUCACCACACUCUUUCCACCCUGCUUCUCCUUGUCAGGAAUUUAUGGGGUAGAAGGAAUGCCAGCCCCACCCUUAUCCCUGCUUGUCUUCCUCCUAUGAAUUCUGUGCAUUCCAGAACUCUUUAGCUAUGGUGCUUAGCAAGUGCAAAAGUUUGAUCUACAAUGCCCUCAACUAUGAUUGUAGUUGCUGAGAAAGCCAGGUAAUGGGAGAUGAAUUGGGACAGUCCCAAAGUCUCAUGAUAGAAUCAAUACUCUCUUUUUGUGACAACUGCUCCCUCUGUUCUUUCCUCUCCCACAGGCAUAACAGCCCUCUGGUCUUUAGCCAUUAUCUCCUGGGAGCGUUGGGUUGUUGUCUGCAAGCCCUUUGGAAAUGUCAAGUUUGAUGCCAAAUUGGCCAUGGCUGGCAUUGUCUUCUCCUGGGUGUGGUCUUGUAUUUGGACAGCACCACCCAUCUUUGGCUGGAGUAGGUGAGUGUGAGGAGAGACUUGGACCGGCAGCAGCUGUGGAGAGAAGCAAGUAAUGUAAGCACAUGUACAUAAAAAGAAGGGCUGAUGAUGGGGACUGGGAAGGUUAGACCCUAUUCCAUUUCAACUGUGCUAGCAGAACAAGUGCCACAAGCUUUGCCAAAGUAACACAGAACUGUUCAAGCCAGGCAAUGUCCACUGAGAAAGAUUAUAGGGAAAGAAGAGGUCAUGGAGUUCCUUGCUGUGAGAAAAUCUGCCCCUUUUACAGUCCGUGAGAUAUUACAUGUAGCUUUUGGCAUGGGGAAAUUUUCCUGGGGUUGUGAAGCUUAAGUAGGGUAUUCUAUUCAAGUACUGCCUCAGGCAAUGGACAUUUAUGUAUAAGGCUUAAAGCAGUUUGUGUCAAUCAGCUUAUCACAGGAAUAUUCAAACUACAGAAUGUUUAGAAUGUUUAUUCAUAUCACAAAGGCCACCACUCCAUGUGUGUAGCCAGGAUUUGCGGGGGGGGGGGGAGAACCUCAGUUAGCUAUGUAUUUUUUCAUUCCCCCCUCCCACUACGCCCUUGCACUGCUCUGUUUUCUCUUUUGAACUGCUCUGGAUGAGAGGCAGUCGUUCUCUCAUCAAAUAGUGGUGGAAGAGACUCAAAGGUGAUUUAAGUCCUGUUUGUGAAAAUGGUCUUCCUCUUUCCUCUCCCUGUCCUGCAGGUACUGGCCCCAUGGUCUGAAGACAUCAUGCGGUCCAGAUGUGUUCAGUGGCAGUGAGGACCCUGGAGUUCAGUCUUACAUGGUUGUGCUCAUGAUCACCUGUUGCUUCCUCCCACUGGCUGUCAUCAUUCUCUGCUACCUGCAAGUGUGGCUCGCUAUCCGUGCGGUGAGCACCCACCCUAUCCUAGGACCCCACCUCUGCAUGCCCUGACUCUCCCUCAGGCUCAGAACAAAGCUUCACAUAGGAACAGUCAGCCUUAAUCCUGUCCCUUUUGCUGAUUCUAUUUCUGAAACUGCAUCUCUCCCAAACUUGAGCUACCAUACCUCUGGGAUCUUUGUCUGGGAUCAAACUACCAAUUGCUAACAUUCUACCAUGCCUUCAUUUUACUACUUCCACUGUGGAAUCCCCUUGGUCACAUUGCAACCAACAGUAGAAUGUUCUCUCCAUAGCUGCAUGCCAGACAAGACCCCACAAAUAUAGUGGGAUUUUCAUUUCUGUAGCAGACCCCACUCUCUGCCCCGGCUUAAUUUCUUGGUGAGCCCCUGUUAUCCAGAUCCAGUUGGCACCCCCCCCCUCAUUUCCACUGGAUUCCUUCCCUUUUCCAUGGCUUGCUGUAUAUUGCUUGUGAGAAGAUCGUCUGGUUGAAACAUACCUGGAUAUAGUCUCCCAUGAGACCUUCUCUUGUUUUACCUAAACCAGGUUUGUUGCAGGUUGAAUCCCUCUCACCCAUGUUCUGUGUGUGGGAAUAAUCUAAACACCAUCUUUAAUCUCACCUCCUCUUCCUCUUGUACAGGUUGCUGCCCAGCAGAAGGAGUCGGAAUCUACACAGAAAGCUGAGAGGGAAGUAUCAAGGAUGGUAGUGGUUAUGAUCAUUGCCUAUUGCUUCUGCUGGGGACCAUAUACGAUCUUUGCCUGCUUUGCUGCUGCCAACCCAGGCUAUGCCUUCCACCCCCUUGCAGCUGCCCUGCCUGCCUUCUUUGCAAAGAGCGCCACCAUCUACAACCCCAUUAUCUACGUCUUCAUGAACAGACAGGUAAUCUGCUAUAUUGUAAAAUGGAGAAUUAAGAGGAUAGCCAAGAUAUUAAAAGUACUGAAAACCAGAGUUGUACGGGAAGGGAUUUAUGGACAGAAAACCCGAUGUAGGAUGAAUGGCCUUGUAGAUGACGCAUGUUGUAUAACUAUACACACUGGAGGCAUGUAGAACUGGUCACCAGUUCUGAUUAACCUUGUCUCCAUUUCCUCCACCCACUUGCCCUCUCUCUUAGAAUCAUGGAACUGUAGAGUUGGAAGGGACCCCAAGAGUAAUCUAAUAGAACCCCCUUGCAAUGCAGGAAUCUCAGCUAAAGCAUCCAUGGCAGAUGACCACCCAACCUCUGCUUUAAAAUCUCCAGGGAAGGAGAGUCCACCACCUUCCGAGGGAUCCCAUUCCACUGUCAAAUGGCUCUUGCCAUCAGAAAGUUAUUCCUGAUGUUGAGUUGGAAUCUCCGUUCUUGUAACUUGAAACCUCUGGUUCCCUCCAGAGCAGGAGAAACCAAGCUUGCUCCAUCUUUCAUGUGACAGCCCUGGAGAUACUUGAAGAUGGCUAUCAUAUCUCCUCUUAGUUUCCUCUUCCCUAGGCUAAACUUACCUAGCUCCCUCAAACAUUCUUCAUAAGGCUUGAUUUCCAGACCCUUGAUCAUUUUGGUUGCCAUCCUCUGCACUUUCCAGCUUGUCAACAUUGUUCUUAAAUUGUGGUGCCCAAAACUGGACACAAUAUUCCAGGUGUGGUCUGACCAAGGCAGAAUAGAGUGGUACUAUGACUUUCCUUGAUUAGGACACCAUACUUCUGUUGAUGCAGCCUAAACUAGUAUUAACCUUUUUUGCUCCUGCAUCACACUGUUGACUCAUGUUAAGCUUGUGGUCUACUAAGACCCCUCAAUACUUUUCACUUGUACUACUGACAAGCCAUGUGUCCCUCAUCUUAGUGCAGCUGGUUCUUCUUUCAUAAGUGUGGAAUCUUACAUUUGUAGAACCUUACCUCUUCCUUUCUCUUCGGCAGUUCCGUAACUGCAUAUUGCAGCUCUUUGGCAAGAAGGUUGAUGAUGGCUCUGAGGUCUCCUCCACUUCCCGCACUGAAGUCUCAUCUGUCUCUAAUUCCUCUGUAUCACCAUCAUAA